CCUCAGCCUCAUCGUUCUCAUUCUUACCAUCAUCUUCAUCCUUAUCCUCACCAUCCUCACCGUCGUCCUCCUUACUCUCACCAUCUUCCUCAUCGUCACCUUCACCAUCCUCAUCCUCCCCAUCCUUGACAUCAUCAGCCUCGCCAUUCUCACCAUCCGCCUCUUCAUCACCCUCACCGUCCCCAUCCUCAUCCUCACCGUCCCCAACCUCCGAAUCCUCGUUCUC